ACGUUCCCUCACUGUAGUUCCUUGAUGUGACAGUUGCAAUAGAGAAGUGCUCUGUACAGCAGCAACAGAAGCGCCACAGCCCUGAACCCAAGCCUUGGCGACCCUAAUCCAUGACCCCUGGACGAGGACCGUUGUGUCCUGACAUGCCUGUGAAAGGUGCCCUAUCCCAGGGAGUGUGCAACCAGCCAUGGAGCAGCAGGCCUGGAUACUGAGGAACUUCCUGGUCCAGCUGGAGAGACAGGAGGCUGUGGACGAGCAGGCGCCUAAUGGCAUUGCUGGGGAGUUUAUGAGGUUGAAAAACCAGUCGAUUAAGUACCGCACUGACAAGACCUACCCGACCAAGACAGCAGAAAAGCAAGAGAACAACAAGAAGAACCGAUACAAAGACAUCGUUCCCUUCGACCACACCAGAGUAAAGCUCACUCUCACCACUGCUAAAAAUGACAGCGAAUACAUCAACGCCAGUUUCAUCAAGGGAGUGUCAGGCUCUAGUGCCUACAUUGCUACUCAGGGUCCUCUGUCUCACACAGUACUGGACUUUUUGAGGAUGCUUUGGGAGUACAACAUCACGGUUGUGAUAAUGGCCUGUCGAGAAUUUGAGAUGGGAAAGAAAAAGUGUGAGCGCUACUGGCCACAGAAACAAGAGCAGCCAUUUUUGUGUGAGCCUUUCACAGUUUACUGUGAUUCUGAGGAAAACAAAGGAGAUUAUAUGACAAGGAUGUUGAGGGUGACUUAUCGCAACUGUAGCCGAACUCUGAAACAGCUGCACUAUUUCAACUGGCCAGAUCACGGUGUACCAGACUCCAUCCCUCCCAUUCUGGACAUGUUGCACGAGAUGCGAUCCUAUCAAGCCCAUGACGAUGUCCCCUUUUGCAUCCACUGCAGUGCUGGCUGUGGUAGGACAGGUGUCCUUUGUGUCAUUGAUUAUACCUGGAACCUCCUGAAGAAACAGAUGAUCACUCCAGAUUUCAAUAUCUAUGACUUGGUUCAAGAUAUGAGAACCCAGAGGCCCUCAGUGGUUCAAACCAAGGAGCAAUAUGAGCUGGUGUAUAGAACCAUCAAGUUGCUGUUUGAGAGAUAUCUGCAGUCCUUGGAGGCACAGACCUGCAGAAAUAAGGUGACAACGGCCCCAUCUUCCAUCACGACUGACACUGAAAGCGAGCUCUCUGACCUGAGUGAGGAGUUGGAUUUGCGGCCACAAUUCCAGCACCUUCUUGAUGAGGAGAGGGAUGUUUUGCAACAGUACCACACUCCCUUGCCUUCCGCUUCAGAAAACCACAUUGCCUUGAGAGCCAAGGACUUGCCGAGGGAUCAGGAACAAUGGCACCUACUCCGAACGCUUCCUGAGGCCCCGACCAUCCAGGACCCGCAGGAGGGACCUAAGAUCCCCGUAACACAGGCGCAUACCAGCCAGAGAGCCCCUGCAGAAGAGGAGAGGAUAAAGGAAAGCGAUGACAUACCAUCACUGAACCCUUCACCUUCACCGGCUGUGGCAGCAGCCAUUUGUCUGAUGGUGGAAGACCCUUACUUUGACAUACCAAUGAGCUCCCCUUCAUCAGAGGAAGCACCAAUGGACUUGACUAAAGACGCCAAACAAUGGACAGAUAGCCUCAUCUUCAGCACGCCCUCCCUGUGUCUGAAUGACCAGACUCUGGAGCUUAACUCUCCUGCCUCAGGUACUGUUGAAGUUCGUAGAGAUGAGGAGGUACCUCCUCCCCUACCUCAACGAACCCCUGAAUCCUAUGUAAUAGCUGUGGAUGCAGAGCACCCAGAUCCCUGUGAAAGGUUAACGCUCAUCAUUCCACCCAAUGCUGCUGCUGAGGCUGUCAGGGAGUUGGGAAGCAGCCCCCCCUCCCCUGCCCCCGCACUUCCUGAGAGGACCCCAGAAUCAUUUGAGUUGCCACUUGAUCAAGCCCCCGUGAAGCUGAAGUCAGAGGUCAAGCCGGCAGUGAAGCUGAACAGAAUAGGAAUGUCUUCAGAAUGGUCUGGUGACUCAGUGCCAGCUGCCUCUGCAUCUCAGAGUGAAACGAAACCAUGGGUGAGGAGUAAGAGUCUGAAAGUAAAGAUGACCUUCACAGUUCCAGAAACACAUCCUGAUCUUCCAUCAAAUAUAACUUCAAACCUCCACCCUCACUGUCCACCUCAGGAACCACCGACUCCUCCGCUGCUUCCUCAAACUGAGGAGAGCCUGAAUCCUCUACUUCCUGACAGAACCCCCGAGUCCUUCAUCCUCACCACAGAAGAGAUUCACGAGAAAACCGCACUCUUCCCGCAGCCCUCAACGUGGCCCUUACCGAGGGUAGGCUUCUCAUCUGAGUGGGAUGGCACCGCUCAGUCUAAGAAAUUCCUCAACGUUGUUAUGAGCCGGAGCAAGAGUGUUCGAGCUAAAAGUUCCAGACAAGAGCCCCUUACUGCGGUUCGGCAGCUUGCUCCACCUCCUGUGGUCGUGGCUGGAGCAGGAAGUGCGCAAGUGGGGCAGCAUGAUGUGAACCGCAGGCCCUCUCUGAAGACUGAGACAUCAGGAAACAAAUCAGACAAAAGCAACGAGAAGGACCUGUCUCGAUCAAGGAGUCUGAAGUUUUUUAGACACAAACAAAAACCUAAAACUGACCCUUCACCGGCUCCCAGCCAACCUGGAACACAACCUCCAGCACAUGGCGCUUCAUCUUCAGUGUUCAAAUUUGGAUUUGGGAACCGUUUUGGAAAGCCAAAAGGCCCCAGGAGUUAUCCAGAGACCUGGGUUUGAUAUUUAGAGUCAGCCAUCUCUAAAUAUCCAAGCUGGACCUGUUCUUGUAAUGGUGAUCAACAUAAUCCAUUGCACCGCUAUAGGACUCGUAUGCAGUGGACCUGAAACGCACUUCUCUUCUCUCGCACAGCACAGUAGCACCCUCAGCAGCAGAGAACAGGAAGUACCUCGUUACCAGCUCUGAUGCACUUUGUACAGGAUGUCAACUAAGGUUGAUUUUUAAUCUGUGAGCAUCGCUCACUGAACAACACGGACAGCAAACGAUGACUUUAAUGUUGACUCAAAAACUCAGGCGAUAGAAUAAUUUGCUUGGGCAGUCUGCAGUGAGAAGUUUGACACUUCUUGUUUUAAUGCUUAAAGCAACGCUGUUAUACUAAAACAUAUUUCGUUAUGUGUGUGCAUUUGUGCUUUUGGAAUGAAAUGUGAAAACCGGUAUGACUUUGCAUCUACUUCAUCACUUUUUCUAUUAUAAAGACAAAAAACUAAACAUCAUUCAGUGUACAAUGCGUGUCAUUUAGUUUUUCUGCCAUAAUUAACACGUCCAUCUUUAGUUUAUAAAUUAAUUUUAAAGGAUUGUCAACUUGUCAAAAGGUACAGUGAAUGUGAUGUAUACCGACUAUGCAUAUGAUGUACCUGUACAGUUAAACAGUGUUAUACACACUGGUUACACACAAAAUUAUUUAUUAAAAAUAUAGAAAGUCUCUGCACUCUUAUUGUGUUUUCUCUACUGUCUGUAACUGAUCACCCAGGAAACUGACAACACUGAUUCAAAAUGCCUCAGUACAAACAUCAACAACAUCAAUCACUGGUGCUAGAACACAGCGCCACAACAGGUACAAAGGUAUCGUAACUUAUUCCUACAUUGAGCUAGUAAGACAAACAUAUUUCUGACAAACUAAAACAAUAACUGAACAGGAUCUCGUAGGCAUGACACUAUGACUUAGUAAUUGUAUCUCUCAGGUAACGUUCAGAUAAAAAGCAUCACGUGAGCAAUAUUUGUAAUAAAUAAAAAAACUAAACAAGAUGCACUACGGCAUCAAUAAAUAACCCUCACAGUUUUAGCUGAGGCAAAGCAUACACAGUACAAGGCACUAAAACAUAGCCAGUGGUAGAGCACAGGCAGUAUCACAACAUCACUUCCUGUAUAGUAGAUAAAAGGACUCGGAGGUUCAGAUGAACUGUGAAUCUGAUCAGAAACUUUGGGUGACAAUGUUUAACGUUAUUUUUAGGACAGUUCAGUCUUUGAUCAUUUUGAUACAGGACUCAUUAUUUCCACCUAUAAGAAAAAAACAGGCAUUCACAAUAUAAAUCCCCACAAUAACACUCGAACCCUACCACAGGAACCCUCUACAAUGGUCCUCAUCACCCGCGUGACAAAACCAGCUCAAAACUAAAAGGUGAGAGUGAAUUUAUAUCAAAUGAAUCCCCAUGUUCCCAGCUAUAACAACAACAACAUAAUAUAUACAUACCAAAU